ACUCCUUCUAGAGCUUGAAGUGAAUUUAUUUCAGUAUUUUAUUCACUAUGACAUUACGAGAAUUGGCUGAUUUACACUGAAGCCUCACACGAAUAUCUAAUUAUAGCGCUCAAUUCAUGGUCAUUCCAAACUUUCAACUUGCCGUUGUUGUACAUAUUUUACGGUCUAUGCACAGAUAAGCAUCACAAAUUUUCAUAAAUCCUCAUUAAACCUAAAAUCUAUUACGUUUUCAUUUGGCGAUUUUAGUACAUUUUAGUCUGCAAAUGUUCAAUAUAGAAAUUUUUCUCUUGCGAUUAACAUGUAUUGGCCGCGCGUUUUACGUAUAACCAACGGUUUCUUGACUAUCAGUGGAUUCCAGCUGUACGGGUUUGAGUCGAAAACGCAACGUUACCACCUCUCAAUAUGGGGUCUUGUAAAUUUUUUAGUUCUCACACUUUUCUAUAUCAUCUGUAUCAAUCAACAUUUCGCGCAUUCGCCGUUACUGAAAAUCUUCCAUGACGUUUCACCAUUCUUUUGGCAAAUGAUACGCGUGCAAUUGAUGUUGGGUCUCAAAAUUUAUGUUUUUCGAAUUUUUACUAUGCCAAGAGUGGGUCGCGCAUGCAAUGCCAUUUCGUCCAAUCCCACACAUAUCUUUGCGCGUAAAUUUCGCCUGGAGGAAGCAUUCGCAUAUUGCUUGGUUUUCUCAACAUUCCUCAUUUCACUUUGUUUCGUUGUGUAUAUUGCUUAUGAAUUGGAAUUUAAACUGCCUCCUUGGGAUAACAUUUUUAUAAGUUUCGCACUAUUUAUUCCACAUUUUGCAUUAGCUGGUGCUCUUAAGUUGUACACGUUGAAUUGUUGGUUAAUGCAGGAAGAGCUGAGGGGUUUGAAAACGGAAUUGCAGGAUAUGCUAAUUGAGCCACCAGCGGCUGAGGUAAAAAAUGUCGAUGACAGUAUUGAAAUGACAGUGAGUGCUAGUGCAACGAACCAUUGUGUAAAUAUGCCUGCAAAUGAUAUACAGAAGCAGUUGGAUAUGUAUUUCGGCAGAUUUGAAAAAAUUGUUGAAAAUCUUCGGGCUGUGAGCACUGCACUGGAAAAAGAGUUGUGUCUGCUUUUCAUAAUGAACAGUUCCUGUCUGCUGGCCGGCGUUUAUACGCUCGUAUAUUUCCGUUCGAGUUGGUACUUAUUUUUCUCUCCCUCCUGGAGGCGUAUUUUCUAUGCUGCCAAUCUAGCAAUAUAUGUGCUUAUCUUCUGGGACUAUUUAUGUCUUUGUAUUAGCAUACAUUUUUACAGCAGAGUGAAACUUCAAAUACUUGCGAUUGUUGAAGCAGCUUUAAAAUUAAAGACAGACUUAAAAAAAGAUGCCCGCUCUGUGUUAAAGAACAUACGUCGUAUUAUAUCAACAGAGCUGAGUUUUGGUGUAUUCAAUGUGGUGGAAAUAAACACUUUGAACUUGAUAAUGGUACACAUUAUAUUGGGCACAAUAAUAUCAAUUGUCGUGGUCUAUCACUAUUUGAACGAUCAAAUUGCUUCUAUACUUACACGCCUGGAUACCGUCGAUAGUGAUGAUUAG